GUUGGAUUAAACAAUUAUUCCGAUUGUAAAAAAAAAAAAUAAAGGAACAAAAAGAACAGCUGGAGGGAUCUUGUUUAAAAGGACACUACACUUCCCAGCUUCCGCUCACUGACCAAAAAAGAACACGCAGAAACACUUUCAACUGUUGACAGAGAAAGUGAGAGAGAUGGUGCUGUACAACAACAAUGGUUGGAGAUCGGUCUCCAUUCUAAUGUUUCUACUUGGUCUCUCCAUCUUCUCCGCCGCAGAAUCCGCCGGCAAAACUUCACCGGUCGAAGACGGCUUAGUGGUUAACGGCGACUUCGAGACUCCACCGUCGAAUGGCUUCCCCGAUGACGACGGGAUCAUCAACGAAGCCUCAGAGAUCCCGAGCUGGCGAUCUGACGGCACGGUGGAGCUAAUCAAAUCCGGUCAGAAACAAGGCGGGAUGAUCCUGAUCGUGCCUGAAGGUCGUCACGCUGUUAGAUUAGGAAACGACGCAGAGAUCAGCCAAGAACUGACGGUUGAGAAAGGUUCAGUCUACUCCGUUACGUUCAGCGCGGCUCGCACGUGUGCGCAGUUAGAGUCGCUGAACGUUUCGGUGGCUUCUUCCGAUGAACCGAUGGCGUCGCAGACCAUUGACUUACAAACGUUGUAUAGCGUUCAAGGUUGGGAUCCAUAUGCAUGGGCGUUUGAAGCGGUUGUGGAUCGCGUCAGGUUGGUUUUUAGGAAUCCUGACAUGGAGGAUGAUCCUACUUGUGGACCUAUCCUUGAUGACAUUGCCGUUAAGAAGCUCUUCACUCCUAUUAAACCAAAAGGUAAUGCAGUAAUUAAUGGGGAUUUUGAAGAAGGUCCAUGGAUGUUUAGGAACACGACCUUAGGUGUUCUGCUUCCGACAAGCCUCGACGAAGAGAUAUCGUCGCUUCCUGGAUGGACAGUGGAAUCAAACAGAGCAGUCCGGUUUAUUGACUCGAACCACUUCUCUGUUCCUGAGGGGAAGCGAGCUAUAGAGCUUCUGUCGGGCAAAGAAGGCAUUAUAUCUCAAAUGGUUGAGACAAAGGCGAACGCUCCGUAUAAGCUGUCUUUCUCGUUGGGUCAUGCUGGUGACAAGUGCAAGGAACCAUUGGCUGUAAUGGCUUUUGCUGGAGAUCAAGCACAGAACUUUCAUUAUAUGGCGCAAGCGAACUCGAGUUUCGAAGUAUCCGAAGUGAAUUUCACGGCGAAAGCUGACCGUACGAGGAUAGCUUUCUACAGUGUUUAUUACAAUACGAGGACGGACGAUAUGAGUUCCUUGUGUGGACCUGUGAUUGAUGACGUUAAGGUUUGGUUCUCCGGGUCUAGUAGAAGUGGAUUUGGUUUUCCGGUUUUUUUCCUUCUUCUCGCAUUGGUUUUCAUCUAGAAAAUGUAUUGGUAAGACCGGGAUUCCAAUGUUGUAUGGCUAUGUAUGUAUUGGGUUCAAGCUACUAGAUAUGAGAAACUAGCUAUCUUUUAUGCAAUUCAUGGUCGUUGAGAUCAAUGAGACUUCAACAAUUGUAGAA